CGAGGGGACACUGUCUGGCUGUUGAUUUGACGCCUUAUGCUGGGGCUGACGCCAUCGUGCAGAUCCGUUGACAAGCCUGAUACACAGGAAUUACCCGUAUUUACCAGUACCACACGGUAUGGUAAUUUGACCGCAGAUAUUAAUUAUAAUUCGGCCAAACUCCUCGCAGCCGUUGCACAUCCAGCAUCGCCAACAUGGACUACCAGCUCGUGGAUCCCUCCCAGGGCUUGUAUCGCCGUCGCUCGUGGCAUUCUUUCCACAUGAUCAACGCCCAGAUCUCACGCAGCUACAUCGUCCAAAUCCUCUCCAUCUUUAUCCCAAUCGGUAUCGCCGCGGGGUAUCUCAACGUUUCCAACCAGCUGGUCUUUUUCUUCAAUCUGCUGGCGCUGAUCCCGUUGAUAGCAUGGAUCAGCCUCUCCAUCACGGAGCUGUCGGGCUCUGUCGGAGCGCGUGUCGAAGAGCUGCUCAAGGCAACGUUAGGCAAUCCGAUUGAAGUGAUCGUCGGCAUCAUUGCCAUGCAUCGCGGCGAGGUGCAGCUGGCUCAGUCUGUUCUGAUCGGGAGUACUCUGUGCUACUUACUUUUGACUCUCGGUGGCUGCUUCUUUGCUUCGGGCUUUGGCAAAAAGCGUCUGACAUUCGACCGCACUCUCAUCAGCACCCUAUCCUCACUGCUGAUGGUGGUAUGUGUGGUAUCGAUCAUUCCCACUGCGGUCGCGACGUUUUCCGCCGCCGCCGUCAGCGACAUCCUGCCCAUCUCGCGCAUCACAGCCGCCGCGCUCACGAUCCUCCUGGUUGUCUUCCUCGUCUUCCAGCUCAAGACCCAUGCCUCCCUCUUCGGUCUGACCAUCACUGCGAACGAAACAAACACCUCCGCCCGCACAUCUUUCCUUACAAUCUCCCGCGCCGUUCUUAUCCUGCUUGUCACGACAGCAUGUGUGACCUUCUGCUCCAUCCACCUCGUCAAUACCAUUGACGGAUUUGCCUCGGCCAUCGGCGUGCACAAGGCCAUCCUUGCCCAAGUCCUCAUUCCUCUGCUGGGAAACUCGACCAAAUACAUAGCAAUCAUCAUCAUCUCUCGAGUGAACCAGUUGGAUAUGGGCAUCAAGGCCUUGAUCACGAGCGUGGUCCGGAUGAUGCUGACGAUUACGCCCGGUCUAGUGCUACUAGGUUGGAUUUAUGAGUUGCCUACAACCUUGAUUUUCGAUGCAUUCGAGGCGACCGUCUUCUUCAUCAGCCUGAUGGUUAUGAACUCGAUGAUUCAUAGUGGGAAGACAAAUUACUUUGAGGGAUUGAUGUUGAUCGCGACGUAAGUUUUCCAGCACAUUCAUCGAUCUUGGUUCUAAUUUCUUUUUCCUUUCAGGUAUUUGAUCACCGCGUUCUCUUUCUAUAUGCGACCUGCGCCACCAUCGGGGGUUAUUUAUAUCUGAUUCAUGGUCGAAAUGAAAACAUGUCACUUGGGUUUUGAUCACAUCCACAUGCAUUUAAGAUAGUUUUGGAUCUCUAUAUCCCCAAGGCUAGUUCGAUAUACUCAAUCCAUAUAAAACGUGGUCACAACAACAAUAUACAGCGCAACCAACAUCGUCCCAU